CCUCAGAGCCCUGCGAAAGGCCCAGGUCGCCCUCAUGACGCUGACGCUCUUCCCCAUCCGGUUGCUGGUUGCCGCCUUCAUGAUGCUGCUCGCCUGGCCCUUCGCACUCGUGGCUUCACUAGGAUCCGCCGAGCAGGAGCCCGAGCAGCCCCUGGCCUUGUGGAGGAAGGUCGUGGACUUCCUGCUCAGGGCCAUCAUGCGCACCAUGUGGUUCGCCGGCGGCUUCCACCGGGUGGUCGUGAAGGGGCGGCAGGCCCUGCCCACCGAGGCAGCCAUCCUCACCGUGGCACCACACUCCUCCUACUUCGAUGCCAUCCCCGUCACCAUGACGAUGUCCUCCAUCGUGAUGAAGGCAGAGAGCAGAGACAUCCCGAUAUGGGGAACUCUGAUAAAGUACAUCAAGCCAGUGUUCGUGUCCCGAUCAGACCAGGAUUCCCGCAGGAAGACCGUGGAAGAGAUCAAGAGACGGGCGCAGUUGAAUAGAAAGUGGCCGCAGAUAAUGAUUUUCCCAGAGGGCACUUGCACCAAUAGGACCUGCCUGAUUACCUUCAAGCCUGGAGCCUUUAUUCCAGGAGUCCCUGUCCAGCCUGUGGUCUUGCGGUACCCAAAUAAACUGGACACUAUCACGUGGACGUGGCAAGGCCCUGGAGCGUUGGAAAUCCUGUGGCUCACGCUGUGUCAGUUUCACAAUCAAGUGGAAAUUGAGUUCCUUCCUGUGUACAGCCCGUCUGCGGAGGAGAAGAAGGACCCCGCCCUGUACGCCACCAACGUGCGGCGUGUCAUGGCCGAGGCCCUGGGCGUUCCCGUAACCGACUACACGUACGAGGACUGCCAGCUGGCCCUGGCAGAAGGACAGCUUCGCCUCCCCGCGGACACCUGCCUUCUGGAGUUUGCCAGGCUGGUGAGGGGCCUGGGCCUAAAACCAGAAAAACUUGAAAAAGAUCUGGAUAAAUAUGCAGAAAGCGCGAAGAUGAAGAGGGGAGAGAAGAUCGGUCUCACGGAGUUUGCAGCCUUCCUGGAGGUCCCCAUUUCAGACACGCUGGAGGACAUGUUUUCCCUGUUUGACGAGAGCGGAGCUGGCGAAAUGGACCUGCGGGAGUACGUGGUCGCCUUGUCUGUUGUCUGCCGGCCGUCCCAGACCCUGGACACCAUCCAGCUGGCCUUCAAGAUGUACGGGUCACCGGAGGAUGGCAGCGUAGACGAGGACACCCUGUCCAGCAUCCUCAAGACCGCCUUAGGGGUGGCGGAACUGGCCGUGACCGACCUUUUCCGGGCCAUUGACCAGGAGGAGAAGGAGAAGAUCACGUUUGCCGACUUCAACAGGCUUGCGGAAAUGCACCCCGACUUUGCAGAGGAGUAUCUGUACCCCGACCAGACGUGUUCUGAGAGCCGUGCACAGCCUCCCCCGGCUCCAACCCCCAACGGCUUCUGUGUUGACUUCAGCCCUGAAAACUCAGAUGUUGGGAAGAAGCCUGUUCGUAAGAAACUGGACUAGGAUGGAAGGAUCUGGAGAGACGAGGCCUCUCCCUCCCCAGCUCUGAGGCCAUGCCGCCUCCACAUGGCGCCAGCCC